AGCAAGUGACACUCGCAGGGUUCCGGAAAGCAUAACCUACGGCUACAUAGCACACGACAGGACGUGUCCGACAUAAAACAAAGAAAAACCAGAUAUGUCUGGACUUUUGCGAACCGUCGCUCACCGUGCUGUUCCCCUUUUGCGGGGACACACGGUUUGUCAGCGGGCGAAUGUCUACACUAGACCCGCCAAGGAAAAGAUAGGCGCUGUGGAAACCGUCAUUGGUUUGACGCUUUUCUCCCUGGCCAUCCUGGGGCCAUCUGGAUGGAUUCUGGCCCAUCUUGAGGACUACAGAAAGAAGGAGUGAACUGGAAGUCUAACCGCCUGACCGUCCCAGUCUACUAUCUCCAUAUGGAACAUUCAGCAAUUUCUCCAACAGCCAGUUUUCUUUACAUCAGGCCCAAGUUAUGGACAAAAAUGAUUCCAGAACAAUAACCAUUAUACAUAAUAUUUCUGUGCAUAUUUUAUUGUAUGUACAAUAUUAAAUUUAAAGUCAAAUA